GGCGUCCGGGGAGAGCAUCACGACGCUCUGGGGCGGCUGGGGAGAGCAUCGCAACGCUCUGGGGCGUCCGGGGAGAGCAUCGCGACGCUCUGGGGCGUCCGGGGAGAGCAUCGCGAUGCUCUGGGGCGUCUGGGGAGAGCAUCGCGAUGCUAUGGGGCGUCCGGGGAGAGCAUCGCGACGCUCUGGGGCGUCCGGGGAGAGCAUGGCGAUGCUCUGGGGCGUCCGGGGAGAGCAUCGCGACGCUCUGGGGCGGCUGGGGAGAGCAUCGCGACGCUCUGGGCGUCCUGCAUCGCGACGCUCUGGGGCGUCCGGGGAGAGCAUCGCGAGGCUCUGGGGCGUCCGGGGAGAGCAUCGCAACGCUCUGGGGCGUCCGGGGAGAGCAUUGCGACGCUGUGGGGCGUCCAGGGAGAGCAUCGCAACGCUCUGGGGCGUCCGGGGAGAGCAUCGCGACGCUCUGGGGCGUCCGGGGAGAGCAUAGCGACGCUCUGGGGCGUCCGGGGAGAGCAUAGCGACGCUCUGGGGCGUCCGGGGAGAGCAUCGCGAUGCUCUGGGGCGUCCAGGGAGAGCAUCGCAACGCUCUGGGGCGUCCGGGGAGAGCAUCGCGACGCUCUGGGGCGUCCGGGGAGAGCAUCGCGACGCUCUGGGGCGUCCGGGGAGAGCAUCGCGACGCUCUGGGGCGUCCGGGGAGAGCAUCGCGACGCUCUGGGGCGUCCGGGGAGAGCAUCGCGACGCUCUGGGGCGUCCGGGGAGAGCAUCGCGACGCUCUGGGGCGUUCGGGGAGAGCAUCGCGACGCUCUAGGGCGUUCGGGGAGAGCAUCACGACGCUCUGGGGCGGCUGGGGAGAGCAUCGCGACGCUCUGGGGCGUCCGGGUAGAGCAUCGCGACGCUCUCGGGCGUCCGGGGAGAGCAUCGCGACGCUCUGGGGCGUCCGGGGAGAGCAUCGCGACGCUCUGGGGCGUCCGGGGAGAGCAUCGCGACGCUCUGGGGCGUCCGGGGAGAGCAUCGCGACGCUCUGGGGCGUCCGGGGAGAGCAUCGCGACGCUCUGGGGCGUCCGGGGAGAGCAUCGCGACGCUCUGGGGCGUCCGGGGAGAGCAUCGCGACGCUCUGGGGCGUCCGGGGAGAGCAUCGCGAUGCUCUGGGGCGUCUGGGGAGAGCAUCGCGACGCUCUGGGGCGUCCGGGGAGAGCAUCGCGACGCUCUGGGGCGUCCGGGGAGAGCAUGGCGACGCUCUUGGGCGUCCGGGGAGAGCGUGGCGACGCUCUGGGGCGUCCGGGGAGAGCAUCGCGACGCUCUGGGGCGUCCGGGGAGAGCAUUGCGAUGCUCUGGGGCGUCCGGGGAGAGCAUCGCGAUGCUCUGGGGCGUCCGGGGAGAGCAUCGCGAUGCUCUGGGGCGUCCGGGGAGAGCAUCGCGACGCUCUGGGGCGUCCGGGGAGAGCAUCGCGACGCUCUGGGGCGUCCGGGGAGAGCAUCGCGACGCUCUGGGGCGUCCGGGGAGAGCAUCGCGACGCUCUUGGGCGUCGGGGGAGAGCAUCGCGACGCUCUGGGGCGUCCAGGGAGAGCAUCGCGACGCUCUGGGGCGUCCGGGGAGAGCAUCACGAUGCUCUGGGGCGGCUGGGGAGAGCAUCGCGACGCUCUGGGGCGUCCUGGUAGAGCAUCGCGACGCUCUGGGGCGUCCGCGACGCUCUGGGGCGUCCGGGGAGAGCAUAGCGACGCUCUGGGGCGUCCGGGGAGAGCAUCGCGAUGCUCUGGGGCGUCCAGGGAGAGCAUCGCAACGCUCUGGGGCGUCCGGGGAGAGCAUCGCGACGCUCUGGGGCGUCCGGGGAGAGCAUCGCGACGCUCUGGGGCGUCCGGGGAGAGCAUCGCGACGCUCUGGGGCGUCCGGGGAGAGCAUCGCGACGCUCUGGGGCGUCCGGGGAGAGCAUCGCGACGCUCUGGGGCGUCCGGGGAGAGCAUCGCGACGCUCUGGGGCGUUCGGGGAGAGCAUCGCGACGCUCUAGGGCGUUCGGGGAGAGCAUCACGACGCUCUGGGGCGGCUGGGGAGAGCAUCGCGACGCUCUGGGGCGUCCGGGUAGAGCAUCGCGACGCUCUCGGGCGUCCGGGGAGAGCAUCGCGACGCUCUGGGGCGUCCGGGGAGAGCAUCGCGACGCUCUGGGGCGUCCGAGGAGAGCAUCGCGACGCUCUGGGGCGUCCGGGGAGAGCAUCGCGACGCUCUGGGGCGUCCGGGGAGAGCAUCGCGACGCUCUGGGGCGUCCGGGGAGAGCAUCGCGACGCUCUGGGGCGUCCGGGGAGAGCAUCGCGAUGCUCUGGGGCGUGUGGGGAGAGCAUCGCGAUGCUCUGGGGCGUCCGGGGAGAGCAUCGCGACGCUCUGGGGCGUCCGGGGAGAGCGUGGCGACGCUCUGGGGCGUCCGGGGAGAGCAUCACGACGCUCUGGGGCGUCCGGGGAGAGCAUCGCGAUGCUCUGGGGCGGCUGGGGAGAGCAUCGCGACGCUCUGGGCGUCCUGGUAGAGCAUCGCGACGCUCUGGGGCGUCCGGGGAGAGCAUCGCGACGCUCAGGGGCGUCCGGGGAGAGCAUCGCGAUGAUUUGGGGCUUCCGGGGAGAGCAUCGCGACGCUCAGGGGCGUCCGGGAAGAGCAUAGCGACGCUCUGGGGCGUCCGGGCAGAGCAUCGCGACGCUCUGGGGCAUCCUGGGAGAGCAUCGGGACGCUCUGGGGCGUCCGGGGAGAGCAUCGCAACGCUCUGGGGCGUCCGGGGAGAGCAUCGCGACGCUCUGGGGCGUCCGGGGAGAGCAUCGCGACGCUCUGGGGCAGCUGGGGAGAGCAUCGCGACGCUCUGGGGCGGCUGGGGAGAGCAUCGCGACGCUCUGGGGCGUCCGGGGAGAGCAUCGCGACGCUCUCGGGCGUCCGGGGAGAGCAUCGCGACGCUCUGGGGCGUCCGGGGAGAGCAUCGCGAUGCUCUGGGGCGUCCGGGGAGAGCAUCGCGACGCUCUGGGGCGUCCGGGGAGAGCAUAGCGACGCUCUGGGGCGUCCGGGGAGAGCAUCGCGAUGCUCUGGGGCGUCCGGGGAGAGCAUCGCGAUGCUCUGGGGCGUCCGGGGAGAGCAUCGCAACGCUCUGGGGCGUCCGGGGAGAGCAUCGCGACGCUGUGGGGCGUCCGGGGAGAGCAUCGCGACGCUCUAGGGCGUCCGGGGAGAGCAUCACGACGCUCUGGGCCGGCUGGGGAGAGCAUCGCGACGCUCUGGGGCGUCCGGGGAGAGCAUCGCGACGCUCUGGGGCGUCCGGGGAGAGCAUCGCGACGCUCUGGGGCGUCCGGGGAGAGCAUCGCGACGCUCUGGGGCGUCCGGGGAGAGCAUCGCGAUGCUCUGGGGCGUCUGGGGAGAGCAUCGCGAUGCUCUGGGGCGUCCGGGGAGAGCAUCGCGACGCUCUGGGGCGUCCGGGGAGAGCAUCGCGACGCUCUGGGGCGUCCGGGGAGAGCAUGGCGACGCUCUGGGGCGUCCGGGGAGAGCAUCGCGACGCUCUGGGGCGUCCGGGGAGAGCAUCGCGACGCUCUGGGGCGGCUGGGGAGAGCAUCGCGACGCUCUGGGCGUCCUGGUAG